AUGAUGAAGACAGGAGAAGCGGCCUUGCGAUGAAUUGGGAGGAAAAUAAGCCAUCACAGGAUGAUAUACUGCUUUAAACUUGGCAACGGAGGUAUCGAACGAUGUUCAUUUUACGGCGCAUAUACGAUGAAUAUAGUAUUAUACCGAAUGGAGGGAGCGGUGGACUGUGCUUCCCUUUGGGCUUCUUUCUGGGGGCUUUUCAGUUUGAGAGCGCUUUUGCAAGCGCUUCCACGGUAUGGGCGAUUUAGUAAGGACAUCCACGAGUCUAUAAACAUCAGCAAUACAAUAGUUUUGGGCAAUAUCGUGGAAUAUUUAUUUUCUCUAAAGAUUCUGGAAUAGGAUUAUAUAGGUGGAGCUGCGGUUUAUUUAAUAAAACAUGAGCCCAGCUCCGUACACUGUGGUCCCAAUUUAUGGGUUGAUUUAUUGCUGUUGAUGUUCGAGUAUCAUGAGUCGCGGAUUUUCAAAUGAACGCGGAUCAUUUUGGGCAUCCUAAAUGUUACACCUGCAUGGCAUGACCUUAAAUUGAUAGACUACGAGAUUAUAAACAUUUGCUCGUGCGUGGAGACCCUCUAGGCUACCUAAUUUAGAGUGACACGAUAGCAUCUCCCCAUGGAGAAUAUUUAUGCAACCCGACGCAGUGUUUUAAUUGAGAUGACAAGAGACAUGUCAUGGGUCUUUUGUUCAGGCUAUAGGCUGCUGGUGAUAAGACCCCCAAAUGCUCCACUUUUUCCUCCCAAAUAAUGUUUUAUAGCCUACUACUGUCAUCAGUGAGGAACAUCAAUAACAUCAAUAAUUAUUAUCACUGUGGUUGGCUUUUGCCAUUGGAAAUGACAGACUGAUCCAAUUAUUGUCCAGAGGUGCUCUCUCUCUUUCUCUAGUAAGAUUUAAAUAUUGAGAAACCCCAGGCCGACUGUGACCAUGUCGAAAGCUGCCACUAAAGAGAAAAAAUCAUUCAGCAAGAAGCUCUUCCGAAGGGGCUCUGUGCGCUCGGUGGGGAGCUUUAUGAACAGAGUUCUCAGGACCCUGUCUACUCUGUCCCAUUUCGGCAACGAGGAGCAUCAAGAUGAAGAGAAGGACGAUGCCAGUUCCAUCCCGGCCACCACAGGUGGCUCUGUCCCCUCAGACGACAGUGACUGUGGCGGGUUCCUAUUCGGGGACAAGGUCCCCGGAGUUGCCGGACUCAAGAACCAUGGCAACACCUGUUUCAUGAACGCUAUCUUGCAAUGUCUGAGCAACACGGAGCUAUUUGCUGAAUAUCUAGCAUUGGAACAAUACCGUGGAGAGGACAACAGUACCAAUGACAAAUCGACUGAACCGAAUAAACCGAAGUCAACAAACGGUGUCUGUAUCCAAAGAAAGGGACACCAGCAGGAGUCAGGUGAAGUCACGGAGCAACUUUCUGGUCUCGUCCGCGCUCUGUGGACGUUUGAGUACACCCCACAACACAGUCGCGAAUUCAAGAACGUUGUGUCGAAGAGCGCCCUGCAGUUCCGGGGCAACGCCCAGCACGAUGCCCAGGAGUUCCUGCUGUGGCUCCUGGACAGAGUUCACGAGGACCUCAACAACAUCGUCCUGCCCAGCAGCAGACCCCCCAGGAAGCCUCCGUUGGAGGAAGAAAAUGUCCCUGAAGGAUCCUCAUUACCAGCAGCUGGCUCUUUCGUACAAGAGCUAUUUCAGGCUCAAUACAGGUCCUCCCUGACUUGCCCUCACUGCCAGAAACAGAGCAACACCUUUGACCCUUUCCUCUGCAUCUCACUGCCCAUCCCGGUACCACACACUCGGCCCCUGUAUGUGACAGUGGUGUACCAGGGAAAGUGUUCCCACUGUAUGAGAGUGGGUGUGGCUGUGCCUCUCUCCAGCACUGUGUCCAGACUGAGAAACGCUGUGUCCCAGGAGACCAAAAUACCCUCUGAACAGAUUGUCCUUACUGAAAUGUACUCCGAUGGCUUUCACCGCUCCUUCUGUGACGAUGAUGACGACCUUGAGAUCAUUCAAGAGAGCGACUCCAUAUUUGCCUUUGAAACACCUGAGCUGUUUAGACCAGAGCAGAUCCGCUCUCAGCGAGGAAGUCCCCAUGCUAAUCUGAACCAGAACAACUUGAAGUAUGGGACAGACAACAACAGGCUACAGGUGUCAACAAAAAUGGAAGAGUCAGUGAGUCCCCCUCUGAGCCCCAAUAAGAACAGCGGAGCUGACAAGAUCAUUCUGCUGGUGUGUAACAGAGCCUGUGCUGGACAGCAGGGACGCAGGUUUGGUCAUCCGUUUGUGCUGUAUCUGGAGCGGACUGUCACCUGGGACAUUCUGCAGAAGGAGAUCCUGGAGAAGAUGCGUCACCUUUUGCGUCCUGGGGUCUUUGUCCAGGUUGGGCCCUUCAGUUUGCGUGUAGUGGGGGUGGUUGGAAUCACGUAUCUCUUACCUCAAGAGGAGCAACCACUGUGCCACCCUUCUGUGGAGAGAGCGUACAAAUCUUGCGGUCCAGGAGGCCCCCCACAUGUCAAGAUUGUGGUGGAAUGGGACAAAGAGACAAAAGACUAUCUGUUCAAACGCACCGAGGACGAGUACAUCCCAGAUGCUGAGAGUGUACGUCAACAGAAAGACGGACAUCUGCAGCCUCAGACAUGCUCCCUCGCCCAGUGCUUUCAGCUCUACACCAAAGAGGAACAGCUUGCUCCAGAUGAUGCCUGGCGCUGCCCACACUGCAAGCAGCUACAGCAGGGCAGCAUCAAGUUGAGCCUCUGGACCCUGCCUGACAUUCUUAUAUUGCACCUCAAACGCUUCAGACAGGACGGAGACCAGAGGAUGAAGAUGCAGAACAUGGUGAAGUUUCCUCUGAUCGGGAUGGACAUGGCGCCCCAUAUGGUCAAGCGGAGCCAGAGCAGCUGGAGCCUGCCCUCGCACUGGUCACCAUGGAGACGACCUUACGGGAUGGGCCGCGACCCCGAGGACUACCUGUAUGACCUGUACGCUGUGUGUAACCACCACGGGACAAUGGCGGGAGGUCAUUACACAGCUCACUGUAAAAACUCCAUCGAUGGCAUGUGGUACUGCUUUGACGACAGCGAUGUCCAAGCCAUAUCUGAUGAUGAAGUCUGCAAGCAGAAUGCCUACAUACUGUUUUAUCAAAGACGGGCCACCAUCCCAUCAUGGUCUGCUAACAGCUCCGUUGCAGGUUCAACCAGCUCAUCUCUGUGUGAACACUGGAUCAGUAGGUUGAUGGGGAGUCGUCCUCCCAGCCAGGCCUCAUCCGGCUCCUCCAGACGCACUUCGCUGGCCUCCCUCUCGGAGUCGGCCGAGUUCGCUGGGGAACGCAGCGAAGACGAUGGCUUCUCUACCCGCCCGGCGGUGCGGAGCAUCCAGAGACAGACCUUCUCCUCGCGCUCCAACAUGGCCAGCCCUCUGGCCCUCAGCGAGAACGGCUCCAAGCCCUCCUGGUCCCUCUCCACCAAGCUCCAUCUGCGCUCCAACUCUCCCUCGCGCUUCUCUCUGGAGUCCCACUCCUCCUCGCCCACCCUUGAGAGGAUAGGCGAGGCGGUUGAUGACAAGGUCUCCACCUCCUGCUUCAGCGGCUCGGCGAAACCCGAGGUAAGGGCCGGAUGUAAGACACCCCUGGUGGUGGUGGAAGGUAAUGCAGUGGCUAAAAGGCUCCUGGAGCAGGUGCACUCCAAGGCCGUUCCCCAGGCUGAGCUGAGGAGCUCCAGCCCGGCAGGGGGUAACAGUAACGUAGCCACGGUCGUGGAGCCAGGCAGCCCGGGUCAAAGAGUGAUCGCUAAGGAGCCUAAACAACGAGGAGCAGGGGGAGUGGAGGGCGCCGGGGCCAGGAGAAACUCGGCGAAGACUGUUGAGUCUGAGAAGAGCCCCAAGAAGCACCCGUCCACCCCCUCCCCAUCCCCCUCCCACACCUCCUCUGUGACCCACCCAUCGUCACCUCCUCGAACCCAAGCCAAGAGCACGGCGGCCACAGCCAACCCCAAAGAAAAAAGCGAGGGUGCAGUCACCAAAACCAGCAAGACCUCCUUCGCCAAAACAGCCACCCCCACCAAAAAGGAGCCGUUGCAGACCCCAGAGACGCUUCACCCUGAAACAGCAAAGCAAAGGAAGGGAGGCUCCCCCGGGUCCCAGAGUUCCUCGGCACACCUGCCGAGGAAGACGUCGCCCAGAGGGACGGCGGAGAGGAGCUCCGCAUCAGCGAGAACCAGAGCAGCCGAGAGGAGCGCCAGCCGGGAAACGUCACGGACCACCUCAGUGUCAGAGAGGGGGGUGAACCAUGGUGGUCCCUCCUCCAGGGCCAGUGGUGUGUCUCGGGGAGGGGAGGUGGGUGCAGCUGGCCGGGGCGAAGGUAGGGUGGGGCGAGGGGCGGAGAGCAAGGCUGUGGGAAGGAGCACCAGCAGCAGCUCCUCCAUGACCAGCCUGCGAUCGUCCAGUGUGAGCGUGGCACCGGCAGCGGCCUCAGCAGCGCCGCCCAGGGGACCUUGUAGGAGCAGCAAGACGGAGGAAAAGGGGCUCAACUUCUUCAAGAGUGCCCUGAGGCAGAAAGAGACACGCAGGUCCACGGACGGGGGGAAGCCCACCACGACGGCCAAAGCAGGGACAGGCGAGGCUAAAGGCAGCCCAGAAGAGGGGGCUGGGGAGGGGACUGGAGAAGGGGCGGGGGACGGAGCAGCCAAGAGUACCCAGCAGGGGAACCCAGAGGCCCAGAUGAACGCACCCUCGGCCAAAGACAAGGAAACCUCCAAGACGUCCAACCCUGCCAAACACUCUAUACUGUCCUCCGCCAAGUCCAAGUCUUCCGGAGCAGAGACGGGCGGAGUGGAGAAAGCCUCUGCCAACGGGAAAAAACCUCCUGAAAAGCGGUUGCCGCCAUCUCGAAAGAUCCCCAUCAAUUCUUCACGAACCACCCAGAAGUCCAAGUGAAAUAUCUUUGGGGAACCCAAAACAAUCGUUGUAGUGCAGCUCUAAGGUGUCUCAAAGAUCGAACUGCAUCUCCUCUUUGGGAGCGACAUUUGAAAAGCACCUCUAGCUUUUCGUUGGCCCCAGAUGAUCGCAAGCUGCCAUACCUGACAGUCUGUCGCUGUCCACUUUAUUAUAUAGUUAUUUAGGAAUGGAUUGAAACAAAGCCCUUUAUGGAUUGCAUUGUUAAUGCUUUUUUUGAAAAAUUAUUUUAAUCAAAUGGAUUAUUAUAUGAACUGCACAUGUAAUGACAUUUUUACCUGGUUCGGUAGCAUACUUUGACAAGGUUCGUCUUGGGCAGACGUCGAAAUGAACUUGUGUAGGGAGCAAGUGCAUUUGUUAAGCAGUGUAAGGAUGAGAAAACCUGUAAAUCACACAAUAGAUCACACGUGGACUACUACUCAGUCACCAGAGGUAGUUAACAGGCAGUGUUUUACAUCUCUGACUUCUUUGUACUUUUCAAACUACUGGGUCCACUUUCAAAUAGUUCAAAACAUUCCACACCAGGCAGAGUAUCUAAAUAUAUGGAGCCAUGAAACAAACACCAGUACCUAUUAUAAUCCCAGUUUAAUAGCUAAUUAGAUACAGUAUAGGCCAGUGGUAGUGUAUGUCUAAUCUCAUAUUAAGAGCUAUCAAUGCAGGUACAUUUGUAAUCCCAAAUUCACUGGUAUUAGUUGUACAGUACUGAUAACCAGUUUGAGCAACUCAAACUCAAUUGGUAGAGCAUGGCGCUUGUAACGCCAGGGUAGUGGGAUUCGAUCCCCGGGACCACCCAUACGUAAAA